UCUUUCCCGGCAAAUUAAGAUUGUCUUGAUAAGUAGUUGAAAUUAAAGUAAAUUAGUAUUGCUUCGAUUAUAUUUAUUCUAUUAAAAAUUGAAUUAUUGAUUUAGAUUAGUUAUAACUGUAUAUAUUGUCGAUUUUACCUAUGCACUGUAUUCAGCUGAUAGUUUAGUUGGAAAUAGAUAUUUGUGGUUGUUAUAUUGUUUAAUUUUGGUUAGAUCCGAUGACGACAUCGUUACAAUUUGUACAAAACACCUAAGUAGUAUAAUUUUAUAGGUAUUAAAAUCCAAUUUGUGUUUACAACACUUUUUGGUGGAUCAAGAUUAGUUUGUGUACAAGAUUAAGAGUAGAAGAUUAAACCGAUGGCUGACAAUAGGGAGGAGGGUACAAAAAAACCGGAGUCAGAGGUACCAGUUUCUCAAGACUUACCACGGAUGUUAGUUGCUCAGAACCCAGUACAGCCGGAGCCAGAGGCACCAGUUCAUUCUGCCUCACAUCCUGGAAUUGAGCAGGCAGCAGCUGCUUCUAGCUCACAAUCUGGGGCUGAGCCUUUUCGAUUUGGCACAAUAUCUUUGCCUCUGAAUCAACACCCUGAUGAUUGUGAUCUAAAUGAAUUCUGCCAGGUAUUAUUCCAAACUAAACCACCAAAAAAUAACGAUCCAAAUUACUUAUUUGGACAAAGAGAUCCAUCAACAUCAGAUUCUGAUACUACUAAGGAUGCAUCUUGGUUUGAACUCGUAGAGAAACAUGUUUGUCCGACGAGAUAUAAUAGAGAUCCUAAUUUAAUAUUUCCACCAAAAUUUCAUCCACUAUCACCACCAUCUCCAAAUAGAAAUCCAGUGACUUCAUCUCCACAAAAUAAAAACGGAGGGAUUCCAUCUCCUGAAAAUAUAAAUCCAGUGAUUCCAUCUCCUCAAAAUAGAAAUGCAGUGACUUCAUCUCCUCAAAAUAUAAAUUCAGGGAUUCCAUCUCCUCAAAAUAUAAAUCCGGUGAUUCCUUCUCCUCCCAAUAUAAAUCCAGUGAUUCCUUCUCCUCCCAAUAUAAAUCAAGUAAUUCCAUCUAGACAAAAUAUAAAUCCAGUAAUUCCAUUUAGACAAAAUAGGAAUGGAGUUAUUCCAUCUUCUCAAAAUAGAAAUGGAAUGAUUCCAUCGACUCAAAAUAGAAAUGGAAUGAUUCCAUCUUCUCAAAAUAGAAACGGAAUGAUUCCAUCUUCUCAAAAUAGAAAUGGAAUUAUUCCAUCUCCUCAAAAUAGAAAUGGAGAGAUUUCAUCUUCUCAAAAUAGAAAUGCAGUGAUUCAAUCCUAUCAAAAUGUAAGUCCAGUAAUACCAUCUAUUCAAAAUAGAAAUCCUGUCUUUCCAUCUCAAAAUAGAAAUUCGGCAAUUUCUUCUAGACAAAAUAGAAAUUCAGUAUUUCCACCUCCUCAAAAUAGAAAUUCAGUAUUUCCACCUCCUCAAAAUAGAAAUUCGGCAAUUCCACCUCCUCAAAAUAGAAAUUCAGUAUUUCCAACUUCUCGGAAUAGAAAUUCAGUAUUUCCAUCUUCUCAAAAUAGAAAUUCAGUAUUUCCACGUGCUCAAAAUAGAAAUUCAGUAUUUCCAUCUUCUCAUAAUAGAAAUUCAGCAAUUCCACCUCCUCAAAAUAGAAAUUCAGCAAUUCCACCUCCUCAAAAUAGAAAUCGAGUGAACCCAAUUCUUAUGAAUAUAAGUCCAAUGGAUCCAUCAUCUCACAAUGUAAGUCAAGUAAAUUCAUUUAUUCCAAAUAUGAGACCAGUGACUCCAUAUCGUCAAAAUAUGAAUCUGGGAACACCAUAUCAACUACCACAUCCAAAUUUCGAGUCACUGUCAUCAUUAGAUUCACAUUUCGGUUCAAUACCAUCUGAACAAGAUUUGGAUCCUAUGAUAGUAUAUGAACAAAAUUUUGAUCCGAUCCUACCAUACGAAAAUUCUGCUGAUCCACUAUCAUUUUGCGAACCAAAUUUAAAUACACCACCACCACCGUAUGAACUAAGUUUAUUCCCACCUCCAUAUGAACUAAGUUUAUUUCCACCUCCGCCACCGUAUGAACCAUGUUUAUAUCCACUACCACCCAAUUCAAUUAUACCAGCACCAAAUGUAAUUUUUCUUCCACCAAAUGUAAAUCCAUUACCGCAACCGCAGUUUAAUCCAAUGCCCUAUCAGUUAGUGCCAUUUGUGACAAACUAUUGUCCUCCUUAUUUAUUGCCUUCACCUUUGCCUUAUCCAUAUCAGAACACGGAGCAUAUCGAAAGAAAUGAUUCCGUAAAUAAUAGAUGACUAGAUACAUAUUCCGACUCUGCCUGUCAUUAUUAUCCUCGGAAAAUGACAGGACAAUAUUUAAGCCUUUUACGCUCAAUUAAUAAUGAAUACGAUCUUCAAGAAUUAGUUGGUACUGGAGCAUUUUCUAAUGUCUAUAGAGCUAAAGUAGCCGCAACCAACGCUACGGUAGCAAUUAAAUCUUACAAAAUCAAAAAUAACUUUUUAACUGCGCUGUUUAGAAUUGCUUCUGAAAUGGCUAUAAUGAAUAUUGUAAAUCAUGAAAAUUUAAUCAGAUUUAUGGAUGGUAACUUGACUAACGAGGCUGUGUACCUGGUGUUGGAAUAUGCCCCAAUGGGAACUUUACGCAAAUUUGUGGUUGAUAAAGUAAAAUUUUCCCCACGUCAACUACAAAAUGUGAUAAGACAACUCUUAAAUGGCCUACUUUACUUACAUACCUUAAGCAUUAUGCAUGGUGAUGUCAAGCCAGAAAACAUUUUAGUUUUUUCUGUCGAACCAGAUAUUAUGAUUAAAUUAUCUGAUUUUGGAUUAUCUGAAAUUAUAAUGGGAUCACGACGUAUGUUUAAACAUUCAGGAACAUAUUCGUACAUGGCACCUGAGUUACAUUUCAAUUUCCCGUACGACACCAGCUCUGAUUUAUAUUCAGUUGGUGUUGUUUUAUAUGAACUGAUUUAUGGUCGCAAACCUAUACAAAAAUCCAUAUUUGUAGAUUACUUGAAUCUAUUGAGAAGAAGAGUGGAAAUAAAGUUUGAUUCACAUAAUGGAUAUCCUCGUCAGUGCAUCAAUUUUGUGAAAUCUUUGUUGAAUUAUGACAAACAAAAUCGGCCGACUAUUGAAGAGCUUCUGAACAAUAGAUACUUAGAACUUACACCACCAAACCAUUCUAACGAAAAUCAUUACCAAGGCAGCUGCAGAAGUUUCAUUAAAAGUUCACAAUAUUUGAAAGGAGGUAAUGUUGGCCUUGCUUACAUCUAUGGAGUGCGAGGUUUUUUGCAGUUGAGAUUAUAUGCAAACACUAUAACAAAUAAUGAAGGAUUGUUCAUGUACUUGGAACAUAAGCUACGGAAAUAUGCUGAUUAUAUAAAUGCAUUGCAGAGAAAAUUGUUAUCUGAAAGUGACAUUUUUAUUAAUUUUGACUCUCACAUUAAUGAAGAUAUUUUCCGAAGUACGCUAUUUUCUACCUCUGCUCUUUUGGAUGCUUACGAUCUUUGUCUAGUGGGAAAUAUGUAUAUUGCCAAUAAAUCGAAGGAUAUAGGCAUCCCUAAACUUGAAAAAGGAUUGUCUCUUUUAUUCUCCAAUUUGCUUACAGAACCUAUGGGGGAACGUAAAAGAAUAUUAAUGGCUAAAUUGAAGCAAUGGGUAUGCCUUCUUGAAAAGCUACACAGAGACAGACAAAAUAGGGUAACCUUGGUGAAAAGUUUAGGAGAAAAAUUUCAGCCAAUAUAAUCAAUUUUGAUAUUUAUGUUACAUUAGAAAAUGUUCUGUGAUACUAAAUCACUAUUUGUUCAAAGUAUUUUUCUAUUUAGUUAGUUUAUUGAAAAAUGUUUGCGUUCCUUUCUGAAUUUAAAUGUUUUUUUUUGUGAUAAAUAUUCUAAAAUUGUCGUUCCGCCCUUGAGGCGCUAAAAAAUUUCAUAUUUGGUUUGCGAGAGCUACAUUUAUCAGUAUUGUUAAAUUUUGGUAUAUUAUUUAGUUGAAUGAAUUUUUUCUAUUGAAUUUACCAAAGUAUAAAAUAUUUCGAAACAUAUUCAAGAAUAUUACAUUAAGUACAGUUUAGUCGGAAAAAUUUCAUGACUUGAAAGUAAUAGUUAUGUCAAAUAUUUCUGCCUAUUUUUAAAUACAUUAGGCAAAUAAGAUUAACCUACACUGAUUUUCAUUUUACAAAUGAUGAGAUAUCCAUAAAUUCUAGGAACUUUUCACAUACAUUUGAAGCUUAUAAUCUCAUCAGUCGUAUAAACCAACAUGUUAUCCUCUUCAGAAACCUUCUUUGAAUAAGAUUACAUGGUUAUAUGAAUAAACGCAGAUAGUUCCAGAAUUUCCUAUUUGUUAAUGAUUUUUCGAUUAUUAGUGUAGUGUAAUAAUAAUGCUUGCUAGUCAAGUCACCAAUUGUACCUCAUUCAAAUGCUUUAAGCGAAAGACUUAUUUGGACCAUGUUACCUGACUUACUGGUUGUGAUGAUUCAAGUUAUUUCUUGAACCUAUGCACCUUUUGUUUGAUGUUUAAAGCUGGGUUAUACAUUUUGAUGGUAUUCCCCACACGCACUUGUCUAUCAAUGUUAAAUCCCUCCCUCUUCUUCUUUCAAGUUCAUAUAUCUUUUUAUGGAUUUUUUGCUUCAGUAGUUCUGUUGAGCACUAGUAAUUGAUUUUUCUAGUCAUCCUAAAAACUCCCGCUCAUUAUUAUUUCCCGUUUCAAUAUGUUGUCGUGUCUGGAAUUUUUUUUCUGUCAAUUCUAUUGUAUCUUAUACUUCUGCUUCGAUUGUUGUAAUUGUUUUCACCACACCUUCCCUCGGUUGGGUAAUUUACCCCUUAAACAUCCUUGAUACAAUUCCGUGGUAUUUUUUUCGUCCUCAUAAUAUGUAUGGUUUCUUCUGUUGGAUUAAGAUUUCUUUAAAUUAUCCAAUUUUCAAUCAAAUGAUUGUUGAUAUAUCUUUUCCCAUAGCUUGCUGUUUUGCACUAAUUCUUUACCAAUUGCUUUUAUUUCCUUUCAAAGUGUUUUCCAUCUAUGCUAUUUUUCCGUGCCUUAUAAAUGAUAUUAUGGUCUAUACAAUUCUGGGUCACAUCAUUUUGAUAUUCAGUAUCGUUUGUAGAAAGCAAUCUAUUGGUUUUAGUAUUAAAUACUAGUAUCACUACACCAACAUUCAAAACUACAUUGUCUGGUCUUUCGAGCCGGAUAGAAACUAUUUAAGUAGUCCACGCAGUGUAAUUGUCGUUGUUAAUGUAGUGGUACUAGAAACAAGAACUUUCACUCAGUUAUCCGUUUUAGCUGAGAAUUCCAAGUGUGUAAUGUUAUUUCUUGUGUCUUAGUUCGGGUUUUGUUUUUCCAUUUAUAUUUCUACCAGAAUCAAAGUAUUGGUACAUUGUUAGACAAGUUUAAAAUGUACCCUUUUUUAAUGUUUUAAACAAGACUGAUAUUAUAAAUAAAAUAUACAGAGUGAGUUGUAAAUGUAUUUUAAAAACAAGAAUUUAUAAAGUUUUUUUUGACAUGACUCACUCGAAAGUGAUAUUUUUAUAUAGAAUAGUUAACAGUUACUCGCCUAUGUAUGCUUAUGUUCGUUUUUUGCGUGUUCGUUCGUUUUUUGUUUGUUUCGUUUCAAAUUCAUUACAGUUUGUUAUUAGAAUGUAAAUUUGUUUGGAUUUGUCAAUUAAUCUUUGAAUUUUGAUUGUUCUCAAUCAAAUUGAAUAUAAUUCUCAAAAAAUUUAUGAAACCGGAUAAAAAACUCCGAUUGACGUUGACUGAAUAUUGGAGUUCUAUAACUAGGUGCAAUAAGUUUUUUGUGAUAAAAUAAACGUUUAUUCAUAAUUAAUAACAUUCUAAUUCUAAACUGUUUUGAAAAAUAAUAUAUGAUUGUUUUCGUUGGAAUUAUUCGUUAGUUUUUACUUGUAAAUGAAUUUUUGAAAGUUUAUUAUACAUAAGCUCAAAAUUGUCUUUUAAAUGUCACAAAUGUAAAACAAGUAAUUUAAAACCUCAUGUUCUAAACUGUAACUUUCAAAAGUUAAUUUACCAUUUUCUACUGUGUAUCAGUUAGUUCAGUUUAUUUCAAUAAAUUGUUCCGUUUCUUCAAA